GUGACGGCAGUGACGUUGUUUACGACAGAGCGCUGUUGCUGCUCAACAACAACCAACAACUCCUUAAUUAGCAUUAGCUUAUGUGCUUUCACUAACAUACAUUCAGCGUUAGGCGGCUCAUGUGCACAUGUGGGAAAUAAAGUAGAACAGAAGUAGAACAGAAUGGUCCUGCACGGUUAAGGAAAUGGUGAUGCCAUAGAGAAAGGAGGCACUGCCAAGUCUCUUCCACCGGGGAGGAGCAAUUCCUCCGAAAUGGCAACUGAACUCAGUGAGACUAUUUCCAUGGCCAAACAGGAGCGCCACAAAAAUCUGUUUCUUAACUACAGAAACCUGAAUAAGUUCCCAGUAGAGCUGCUGAAGGACGAAGGGCUGCAGUUUCUGGAGAGACUGUACAUGAAGAGGAACUCACUCACAUCACUGCCUGACAAUCUUGCUCAAAAGCUCCCAAAUCUAAUUGAGCUGUAUUUGCACUCAAACAACAUAGUCAUUAUUCCUGAAGCUAUUGGAAACCUGGCCAGACUGCAGUCACUGGACCUGAGCAAUAACGCCCUCCAGUUCCUCUGUCCAGAGAUUGGCAGACUAAGGUCUCUACGACACCUGAGGCUGUCCAAUAAUCAGCUGAAAUGCCUUCCUCCAGAGAUCGGUGAUCUGCAGGACCUGGAGACUCUGGACGUGUCCAGGAACCAGCUGGUGUCUCUACCGGAUCGCCUGCACCGCUGUACUUCUCUGCAGAAUCUGACAGCUGACCACAACCUGUUGAGCCACGUUCCCCGUCAGCUCUGCUGGCUCCACCGCCUCAACCAGCUCUCCAUGGCUGCUAACCGGCUGACCUUUCUACCGCUCGAUCUGGGCAGAUCACGAGAGCUGCAGUUUGUGUUUGUGGACAACAAUGUGGACCUAAAAGGCCUUCCCUCCUACCUGUAUAACAAAGUCAUCGGCUGCAGCGGGUGCGGUGUGUCAGCCCAGGUGUUAGAGGGUGACCUGGGUGAGGUACUGGGUGAGGCUCUGGUCGGGCUUCCAGCUGAAGUGAAGGUGCUGGGCUCAGAGACGGAUCACGUGGUUCCCCUCGAGGAGAUCGCCAUGAGAACCCUGCAUCGCAUCUACCAGCAACGCCCAACCGACCUGAACCUGCUGCCUCCCAUCACCCUCCCGAAGAGCCUGCUGGACCUGCUGCAGUUCCCCCUGGGCCACUGCCACCGCUGCAGUCAAACCAUGUUCACCAUCAUCUACCCAAAACUCUUUCCCCUCCGUGACACUGCGCUGGCAGGAGUGCACCGCAGGACCACUGUGAGUUUUGUGGCCUAUUGCUGCUCCAGCCGCUGCCUCCGGACCUUUGAUCUCCAAGGAUGAUGUAAUUUCCUUCGCCCUGUACACAUUCGCUCAGGAGCUGUUUAGUGGUUUCCUGAAGGUGGCAGAUCACAGCUUGUAAUUUGUGUGGAUCUUGAGGGUCUGUGAGCUCUGUGCUUGAUUGACAAUGCUAAGAACCACAGAGAAGCAGGCUGUGUGGUGGGUCAGAUGAUGGACACACAUGGUAAGCAUCAUUUUAACGUACUUGUCAAAGACUCAAACCUACAUGAUGUUCCUGAGUCCAACCAACUGGGAGGGUUGUAUUCCUGUGUUUGUGUUGGGGGUCAAAAUAAUAACUAACACUAUAAGACCUGAA